AUACCGCUCGUUCCGUUCUUCGAUCUGCAUUCAAGUUCAACUUAUCUCCACACACAGACAGACAGGAGGGGCGAUUUGGAGCAAUGGCUGCAACCGAGGAUGCUGACAGGAAACGUUUUGAGGACUGGAUGAAAGAGUACAACAAAGAAUACAAAACCCCAGAUGAGGAGGCGAUUAGAUUCAGUGCCUUUAAAGAAAAUCUCCGUGAUAUAGAGGCUCAUCUUGCAAAUCCAAACCUAGCACCACAUUGGAAGGGUCUGACCCAAUUUUCGGACAUAACUCUUCGUCCGUUCCUUACAGAGUACCUCGGAUGCACUUUUGGUGGUGGUUAUUUAGUUGCCAGUGACGAGGACGAGGAUGAAGAAGAGGACGAGGUCCAGGGUCAGGUCCUCGAGGACGAGCUCGAGGUUUCUGUCAAACACCAAAGUGGAGGCUGUAAGUAAUUUUACCCAUUCAAGCCAAAUCACAUCUUUGAUUACAAAUGCAUCUUUGUCAAUAAUAAUAGUUAAAUUAGACAUUACUAAAACUUUGUUUUUCCCUACUUGUGGCAGUAUCUAUUAGCCAAGUUACAACUGAAUUAUGAUAAAUAAAUAUAACCAAAUCAGGGGUGUUAAAGCAUACAUCCUUAAAACUAUUGAGGCAGUAUCUUAUGUAUUAGGCAAGUUCCAUCCUUUCCGAUGAAUGAUGAUACUGUGAAAAUGGUUUGUUUUAGUUUUUUUUUUUUGUGCAAGUAAUAGUACAUGACCCCUUUUGAUUAUGAAUUUGAGUCAUGAGUUGUAUUUGGAUCGCAAGUACUUGUAUGUGA